CAUCUGUGUUUCACUCAGAGACACGAAGCAGAACUUUGGCUUCAUUCAGAAUUAUUCACAUAUUUGAUCAGAGAAACCCGACCUGCUGCAGAACUGAACAUGACAGUAUUGAGAGUUUACUUGUUUAAGUCAGACCUGCUGUACUGGAGACAGACUCAGACGAUGGUGAUGUAGAGCGAGUGUUUACAUGAUCUGCGCUCCUCCUCGUCCGUCAUCUGCACACAGCGCUCCUGAGUCAGCGCAGGUUUACAGGCUGUUUGUGGAGCUUUAUGAGUACGGCUCUUCAUUUCUCUGCUUCUGUGCGCUGUGGAGGAUCUGGAUGAUCUGCAGAUGAUGGACACUCCUGCAGACUCUUCUUACUGUCGACAAAAUCGAAGGCAAUCUUCAUCUGCAGCUCAAGUCGAGCUGGGCAGAGGUUCAGCUCUUCUCCUGAUGGAGGUUUGCUGUGGAUGGAGGCAGUAAUGAUGCAGAACAUGUCAGUGAGUGAGGUGGAGGUCCGGCUGAUCUACUCCACCACGCUGCCCGUCUCCUGCGCUAUAAUCCUGCUGAACCUGCUGCUGAUCCUGGCCAUUGCCUGCAGCCGGCGGCUCCGCGGCGCGCAGCACUUCUUCUUCCUCAGCCUGCUGGUGUCCGGCGUCUGCACCGGCGUGGCGCUGCCCUUUAUCCCCUGGAUGGGUCUGAACCGCCCCCUCAGCUUCACUUCCUGUUUGCUGGUGCAUGUCUUCCCUAACUUCCUGUUUCUGGCAUUUCUGUGUAACCUGGUGCUGGUGCACUACGAGCGGUACCGCAGCAUCGCGAGCCCCCUGCGGCGUGGACAGCUGUGGCUCCACCGCCGGUUCCUGCUGCCACUGCUGGCCGUGUGGGUGCUGCCGCUGCUGUUUGCCCUGCUGCCUGCCUUUGGCUGGAACAACAGAGCGCUUCAGGGGCAUAGCGGAUGCUGCCCGCGGCCCAACACCACGGCUCUGCCCCACUGCACAGCGCUGCCUGGAGAGUGCUGCUCGUACCGCAGCAUCUUCCCUAAUGCCUUCAUCUAUCUGGAGGUGUACGGGCUGCUGACGCCUGCCAUCCUCUCCAUCGCCGCCAUGACGUGUCGUGUGCUAUGCAUCACGCGUGGGCAGCUGCGGGGCAUCACGCGUGUGCAGCGGGCAGUGGCGGACCGGGAGCAGCGGCGGCGGAUGGAGCUGCGCUACGCUUGCUGUGUGGCGGCCGUGACCCUGGCCUUUCUGGCCUGCUGGGGGCCCUAUAUAGUGUACACUCAUGUGGGCGUGGAGCUCUUGCUGAGGCGGGCGGGGCGCAGCGGUCGCACCAGACACAUUGUGCUGUCCUGUGUGGGCAUCGGCAGCACUGCGGUUGUGCCGCUUCUCCUGGGUCUCGCCAACAAGGAAUACACUGAUCCAGUCAGAAAACUGAUCCGCAAACUGCAGAAGCGCUGCAGAAACACACACGCCAGUCCUGCAGUCUGACUUUACAUCAAGAAUCAAGUAUCUGAAGGUCAUGAGCUGCUCAAGAAGAGUCCGUGAACACUGUGAAUCUGCACUGAAUGGCAGAAAUAACAUCAGGUACUGUGCAGGACAUUCCCUCACUCUGAUCCUGUCUGAAGAUGGAGAUUUCUGUAUGAUUUAAAAAUAAAGAGGAUCAUCAUUUGGAAAGGACAAUAUCAGUUUGAUUAUUUAUUAGUGGUGGGCCGUAAUCAGCGUUAACGCCAGACUCUUAUCACGCGAUACAGUAAAUAUGGCUGUUAAUCUAUUGUGAAGUUGAGCUGGGUCUGUUCUACACAAGCUGAUGUAUACCUGACCGGUGAGCCAGUGCCCUUCUGAAUCACAUCAGCAGAAUGCCCUUCUGGAUCCUUCACUUACUGAAGACACUCCUGACUGCACUUACAUGGACAUCUGUAGUCUAGUUAUCUUCCUUAUAGACAAUAAUGUAAUGAAGUGUUCACGUCAAGUGCUGUCAUCUAAGAGUUUCCUGUCAUUUUGGCUGACUUUAGCUUUCAUAUUCACUCAUGAACAUUUCAUUCAUGCCCCUGUGACAAACUGGAGUAUUAGACACAGACAAGGAGGAAGGAGGACUGCUGAGAGUGUUGUGGAGUUUAAUAAUGCACAGCGAGUGCAAAGGAAAAAACUGCCAUAUUUCUGUGUGUGUGUGUGUGUGUGUGUGUGCGUGCGUGCGUGCGUGUGUAUGCGGUCUACUGACGGCCGUGUGUGUGGAUCUUGUAGGAAAGUAUGGUGAAAGUCCUACAUAACAGUAAUAGUGUGAUGGCGGUGUUUACUUCAGUAAUCCACUAAUAUCUGCAGACUCCACAUGUCUGAACUCCAUUUCUAUUUAGUUCAGUGAUGACUUUAGUGGGAUUAAGGUGAUCAGAAAUGGCUGUUUGGAGCUUAUGUAGGCCGACAGCUCAACACUCAUGUUUACCUGAAUAAACAGUGAGUGAACACAA